CGUAAACCAGAAGUGACGUAUUCUCCGUUCCGCGUAAUACCCUCCGCUUUCCACGUGUGUUUACAAAAAAUGUGGACUGAGCUUAAGAAGUGGUAGUAUUUAUAUUCUUUAAACACAGUUGCUCUUAACCGGUUUAAACAUGGGGAAGCUUAAUGUCGUGGUGUUGAGAUACUUAUCUCGAGAUGACUUCCGGGUUCUCACAGCGGUUGAGAUGGGGAUGAAGAACCAUGAGAUCGUUCCAGUGAGUCUCCUGUCCUCAAUCGCUAGCCUUAAACACGGCGGCUGCAACAAGAUCCUCCGAGAGCUUGUCAAACACAAGCUUGUGGCCUAUGAACGCAGCAGGGCUGUGCAGGGUUACAGGUUGAACAAUGGAGGAUAUGACUACUUGGCUCUGAAGACCUUGUGCGCGAGAGAAGUGAUCAUUUCAGUUGGCAACCAGAUGGGAGUUGGUAAAGAGUCAGACAUAUAUAUUGUGGCGAGUCCCAACGACGAGCAGUACGCUCUGAAGCUUCACAGGUUGGGUCGUACCUCUUUCAGGAACCUGAAGAACAAGAGAGAUUAUCACAAACACAGGAAGAACGUGUCCUGGCUUUAUCUCUCUCGACUUUCUGCCAUGAAGGAGUUUGCCUACAUGAAGGUAUUGUAUGAUCGGGGCUUUCCUGUUCCCAAACCCGUGGACUAUAACAGACAUGCAAUAGUGAUGGAGUUCAUCAAUGGAUAUCCGCUGUGUCAGGUGCACAAGCUGGAGGAUCCAUCAUCCCUCUAUAAUGAGUUCAUGGAGCUCAUAGUCAAACUGGCCAAUCACGGCCUGAUUCAUGGAGACUUCAACGAGUUUAAUCUCAUGCUGGACGACAAGGACCACAUCACUAUGAUUGACUUUCCUCAAAUGGUGUCCACUACACAUGCAAAUGCUGAAUGGUAUUUUGACAGAGAUGUCAAAUGCAUCAGAGAUUUCUUCGCCAGACGAUACAAUUAUGAGAGUGAGCUCUACCCAAUAUUCAAAGACAUCAAGCGUUCCUGUUCUCUAGAUGUUGAAGUAUCAGCUAGCGGCUUCACCAAAGACAUGGAGAGAGAUAGUGCAUUGCUACACCCAGCUGGACCCGAAGAAGAGGACGACGAUGAAGAGGAGAGUGACGACGACGAGGCAACUGACGAGGAGGCAGAAAAAGAAGAGGAAGUGGACAUGGAUGAAUACGAACACGCAUUGCGGGAAUUAGUAGGUCUGAAAAUCAGCGAGUCAAAUGCAGACAAACACGAAGAACAGAGCAUGAAAGAAGAAGAAGAACAAAAAGACACUGAGACAACGUCUACUGCUAAAGGAGAUGAAGAGCCAGAGAAAGACUUGGAAAAAGAGUUGAGCGAGGCAGAGGAUGAGUGUACAGAGCUGGCCGAUCUUUCUGCCUCCAACAAAGAUUUCAAACCCUUCAGAGACUCAGACAGUCUUCUACAGAUGGCAGAGCACAUGAGGAGGAGGACAGACAGCGAAUGCACAAUGGGAAGCAGAGGGAGCUGUUCUACAAUACCACCAGAGGUAGUCCGUCAGAAGGUGCGCAGGCAGCUCUCCAAACAGCAGAAGUCAGCACAGAGGAGACGCCUGCAGAAGGGCGAGGCCAACUUGGUGACCGAAUCCAAGAGAGAGAACAACAGCAACAUCAAGUCUAGUAUGGAUUCCGCCUCCUUCUGGGGAUAAAUGGCAGCGAUGAAGAGACCACAUUCAUAUCAAUAAGUUUGGUGCAUUGUCCCUGUUUCUGUGUUUGAAGAGUUGAAAACAAAUGAUAGUGGAUGGUAAAUCUCAACAGCAAACCAACUGCUUCGUACUGGGUAAAGCACAAGAGACUGAAAAAAAGUCUUAUGUAUUCAGCAAAUCACCACACUGUCAAGUAAGAAGACUUUUCUAUUUGAACUGUAGUGAACUACCAUGAUCAACAUGCAGUCUAAUGUAAAUAUCAACUACUUAUAAUGAAGCUGUUUGUUUGAUAAUAAACCAAUUUUAA